AUGGGUGCAAAGAUAGAAACAUAUCUUGACUGCCGAUAUUCCCAGUUUUCCUGGGAGGAAUCAAUGCUGGCUCAGGCAAUACACCUCCCUGGACAAACCCAGCGAAGGCAAAAUACGGCCAAUUUGACCGUCAACGAGCAUCCCGGUAUUUCAAAGUCACAGACAUGGUUCCUCCACCAUUCUUCCCCCCCGUCACAAUUCUGGUAUACCCUUUCCCCCCUUUCUCCCCCUUCGGGAUGGAUCCAGGUUUCCUCUCCCCCUCAACGUGUGGCCACGUAUCUCAAGGCCAACUACCCCCGGGACCGCUUCGAGAAAACCUUCCUCUUGUACUGGACCUAUAUGUUCUACCGGCAUAUUGACCUCAGCAAACCCGAGAACAUGACGGCCUUGCUCCGCGAGGAGAAAUACAGCGACGUGGAAAUCGAAACCAUCAUGAAAGGCGCACAGACCCCUGAGGGGAAGAAGGCGCUGGCCGAUCGGACGAAGGAGGCGUUGGAUCGGGGUGCGUUUGGAGCGCCGUGGUUUUGGGUGACAAAUGCACAGGGGAAGGCUGAGCCGUUCUUCGGCAGUGAUCGGUUCCAUUAUAUGUGGCAGUUCUUAGGCAUACCGUUUCAGGAUGUGGAGAUUAUAGCCAAGGGGCCGAAGUUGUGA